GUUAUACUGAAGCAAUUAUAGUGACAGGGACAGGACUGAGUGGAUAAUCCGUGUAUCACAGUGUAAACAUGGCUGACGCGAAGGGAGAAGAGGUGGCAUUCAGUGUAUCUGGGAAGACGUUGGACGUAGAUUACAGCAGGCAGCACAAGGUUAAAGUAACAGAUCGAAGCGGCCAAACCCUAACCUAUCAACUAUUCCAAGGGGUACAUUACGUGCCAUUGUUUAAAGUCGAAGUACUUCAACAAAUCAAAGGUUUCAACAUGAGGCCAGAUGACAUAUACUUCACCGGAUAUCCUCGUACAGGGACAAAUUGGACAUUUGAAAUGACAAGCAUGCUUCUUAAUGGUAAGGCUGAAACCAUCCAGAGAGACAAGGAUCAAUUGGAGUUAUCUCCUCAUGCCGAACUAGCCCAACUACCAUCACCGCGCGUCAUCAACUCCCACAUGAAGCUGUCCGACUCUCCAGAUGAUGUAACAGCUCUGAAGUGCAAGGUCAUCUACACUAUGCGAGACCCAAAGGAUGUUGUCGUCUCUCUGUACAAACUCUAUUAUAACAGAGUAUUUCCCUUUGGUACAUAUAAUGGGCACUUUGAGGAUUUCCUUCAUCUCUUCAUGGAUGGAACAGUGGACAAUAAUGGCAUAUUUGAACACUGGAGAGACGCCGAGAAAUAUUUCACUCACCAUCCUGAUAUCCCAGUGCACUUUCAAAGUUAUGAAGACGCCAUCAAGGAUCCUGUACGUGCUGUACAAGCACUGUCCGACUUUCUUGGACUUCACAGAAAUGAUUAUCUGUGCCGAUCCAUUGCAGAGAAGUGCAGCUUUUCCAGAAUGAAAAUCGACAAGGAACCCUUUUCGAUAAAAGUGGACGGGGAACACUUUCUGUACAGAAAAGGAGUCGUUGGUGACUGGAAGAAUUGGUUCAACGACCAGAUGUUGGAAGAUUACUACAAAGUGUACGAAGAAAAGAUGGCGGGGUCCAGAUUCUAUGAUGCCUAUGCAAAGAGUAAAACUAAUACAUCUGACCUUUCGGUUUAUUUUUUUGUAUGUUCUAUAUUUAUUUUUACAUAUAUCGUAAUAUUCGGAUUGUAUGCCACAAUAUGUAUAUAUCUAUGAAUAUUUGUCCAAACAUUAUAUAAUUGGAGACACAUUACUUAGCACCAAAACGUAACUUGAAAACAAUCUAUCCCCAGCAACAUCAUACACAAAAAGUGUUAUAUUUAUCUUAUUGAAGAAACACAACCUGUGUACUUUCUUUUGCUCGUCAGUUUAGAAAUAUGUCUGGUACAGCGUUAGUUAUCUAGAGAUGGCGUUGGUACACCUUGGAUAUUGAAAUCAAUUGAAACAUGUUACAACUCAUCAUUUUAUCACCUUGAGUUACUUUUAAAUAGAAGUGACACAUAGAAUGGUGGUUACAACAUUUAUUUUAUUUUGAAUUACAAAUUAAACAGCUGAAAUUCAAACUGUUCGUAUCUCAGAAAAACACAAGCAACAUAUUUCUUCAUAGAUGGACUUAUUUGCUAUAACUGUAAGAUCUAAACCAGAAUGAGACAGUAAAUAUAUUCUCUAUUUGGGUGAACGAAAUAAACAUACGAGGCACAAACGAAAGAGGAACUGUUCAGGAACUGUGCACAAAACGCACAUGUAUUCAAAUAGUUACAACUGCCAGAAUCUUCAGGAGUGCUGUUUGUAUACAACUGACGGAAUGGUACCGUGGUGAUGUUAAUACAUGUUAUAACAAAGGUCAAGGUUCCAAACCCAGAUGACCUACAUCGUUGAAGAUGAGCUGGAGACUGAUACUGCCCAUGCUCUCAUAAUCAGGGCUGGUCACAAGAAGAGCUGUCGAAUAAACUGAAGUGUCAAGGUGGGGUGAUGUGGUCAUUUCGCUCCUGUUGUUCAUUGUAGACAUUACAACUAAUUGUUAAAUUAAUACCAUUUGUGAAACUUAGACAACCCUUGGUGUUAUUAAUGAUUUCCAUUAUCUGAUAAACUGAUAAACAAUUAGUCAGUUCAACGUCCGCUUACAUGAAGGCGGUCUGUAAAUAUUCCAGUCAAGUCCAGACAAUCAAGUGAUUAACAUUCUGAACAUCUAUUUAAUAUUUUUUUUUUUAUUAAUUUCGUUAGAGCUUGGUCCUUGUUUAUCCUUGUCUGACCUUAUCUAACUUUAUUUGUAAAUGCGGACGUUGCUGCUUUGAACUGUAAAUUAACAGCGUGUCAGUAACCUAGCUAGAUGCAACAAUAUAUUUGAAAAAAUGUACAAAAGCAUGAAACGAUACGAACAGAAUAAAAAUACAAUAUACA